UUUUACUUCCGGUUGACUUCAGCCUCUGCACAAGGUUUUUUGGGUUUAGGAGUAUUCUUGCGUGGUGCUUCUGUUAUCCUACAUCAUCCGUGAUUUUUUCUCAGCUGCAUUUGCACUUUGCAAUUCUAUAUCUCCCGGGAUAUAUUUUGUUUGUCGUAUGUCCAUCCAGAAUCUCAACACAUUCGACCCCUUUGCAGAUGCAAUCAAGGGUUCAGAUGAUGAUGUCCAAGACGGUCUCGUGCAUAUAAGGAUCCAGCAACGGAAUGGUCGUAAGACCUUAACAACUGUACAGGGACUUUCAUCUGAAUAUGACUUGAAGAAAAUAGUGAGAGCAUGUAAAAAGGAGUUCGCCUGCAAUGGGACAGUAAUCGAGCACCCGGAGUACGGGGAGGUGUUGCAGCUGCAGGGGGACCAGCGAGAAAAUAUAUGUCAGUGGCUGACAAAGUCGGGCCUGGCCAAACCUGACCAGCUCAAAGUCCAUGGUUUUUAACCAGCAAACAUCCAUGCCACUGUCUAAGAACACUCCACCUUCAUCAACACCUUAUCAUCUUAAAUUAUCUGUAUCAGUCACCAAUACUUGUUGAUACAUCGUGAGAUAUCCUAUUAUAUACACAUAUAUAUUUCAAUAAAAAAUAUAUAACAGUAACGAUAUAUAGGCACAAUAUUCUAAUGAGACAUUUGUAAGAUUGUAGGAAGCAAUAUUUUACAGCCUUAUGUUAGGUGAACCACUAAACUCAUCACGUUUUAAAGUAGUAACGAUAACUAAUUAGUAAUUUGAGAAAAUACUUAUACAAGGGAUAGAUACAAAUACAAACGGAUGGCUCUUCAUUUUGGGAUUAGGUAGCAUGUAUCUUGGCGCUAUAGACGUGUUCAGAGAAAGAGAAUUUAUUAGAAAAAAUUUAUUAUUUUAGGCCCCAAGAUUGGCUUAUUGUAUGUAUUGCUGAAUGUUUUGUUCUGUUUAUACAGUAGGGUAAUAGGCCUGGGUUUUACAUUGUCAUUUCCAAGUUUUGUGCCUUUAAUUCCACAUUGAUUGUAUUAUUUAUUGAAAGGAUCAACUUCAAUUGUAAUGAAUUUAUUUUGAGGAAGAAUGGCUAAUUGUUUCCUUUUUUAAGACAGUAUUUGACGACAUAAAAUCACUUGUUUUCGGUAUAAAAAAUGUGGCUGUUCUAAAUAAAUGGUAAUUCACCACUA